AACCCAAACAUCAGAUACAGUUUUAAGGAGGGUUGAUUCAACAAAGUAUAUUAUAUUGAAAACAAUGGCGACGAACAGUAGCAAUGAAGAAAAUUUCCCAUGGCAUAUGGGUAUCUAUGAUGCACAUUGCCAUCCAACCGAUACCAUGUCCAGCAUCGAAACAAUACAAAAUAUGAAAGCGCGAGUACUCACAGUCAUGGCAACAAGAGCCGAAGACCAAGAUCUUGUCUCUGCUACAGCAGAUAAACACACCAUAAGAUCUGCAGAUCGCUCCCAAUGGUUAAGAGAAGAAUGCAUCGUACCAUGUUUCGGAUGGCACCCGUGGUUCUCACACCAAAUGUACCUCACGUCAGAUAUCGACCCAGAUAGUAGUUUCAAAGAACAAGGGAAUCUCACUGGAGAAGCCAAAAUCGAACACUACAAAACAGCCCUACAUCCCUUUCGCGAAAACCCCAGCGAAGAAGACAUCCAGACCUACCUCUCCCUCCCCGAUCCCACCCCAUUUAGCACGUUCUUAUCCAACACCCGCCGCCAGCUACAGCAAUAUCCAUAUGCUCUUGUCGGAGAAAUUGGACUAGACCGCUCUUUCCGCAUUCCUGAAUCCUGGACCGGAAAUCACGAUCUCUGGUGCAAACGUGACAACAGUCUGACUCCCGGCGGGCGCGAAGGACGCCGCCUAACACCCUUUCGAGCGAGUCCCUCGCACCAGAAAAAGAUUUUUAAACUGCAACUCCAGCUCGCAGCGGAGAUGAACCGGGGAGUAAGCGUGCACGGAGUUCAAGCCCACGGACUAGUAUUGGAAGUGCUAUCCGAGCUCUGGAAGGGGCAUGAGAAGCAGGUGAUGAGUAAGCGGGAGCGCAAGAAACGUGGAGUGGAUCAUCCGGCUGCUGAAGCUGCGAUUGAAGCGGACGCAGAGGGAACGAGUGGCACGGGAAAGGGAGGAGAAGCAAAACCCUAUCCACCACGAAUCUGUCUCCAUUCUUACUCGGGCAACGUGUCGAAUUUCAAGCAAUAUCUCAAUCCCGCCAUUCCGGCACAGAUCUACGCGAGCUUCAGUACUGCGAUUAAUCUCUCGGAUAGGAUGGAUGAGGAGACACCGGAGAGUUUUGUGGAAAUGGUCAAGACGGUGCCGGAUCAUAUGCUGCUUGUUGAGAGCGACUUGCACACUGCAGGUGAAGAAAUGGAUAGGAGGCUUGAAGAUAUUGUGCGUAGGAUAUGUAAGAUUAAGGGGUGGGGGUUGGAAGAUGGAGUAGCCCAGCUAGGGAAAAACUGGAUGAUGUUUGCGUUUGGGGAUAGAGUUGAAUGAGGACAUGUACACGUAUAUCACGCAAAAAAGAAAGAAAAGCUUGAAAUUUCCACCGUGAUAUUGCG